AUGGAAAUCGACGACUUCACCAAGUAUCUCGCCGCCACUGGGCUCUCGGCGCGUGAAGCUGAGAUUCGAACAUAUGUAGCACAGGGCGCCGAAGAUGUACGCGCCAUCAUGAAUUCUUCACUCUCGCCAGACGACAUUCGACGGAUUGCCGCUCGCGAAGUUCACCCUGCCAUUCGUGGACGCCUAGUUACAGGCAUCAUCUGGUAUCUCACUUCACUGGCUGCUGAACGCAAUCAAGCUUUUCUGUCUGGUGCUUUCCUCUGCCUUGAUCCUCAUGGCAGGCUUUCUGCCUUCUUCUCGGCUAUUGGAAGUCCGCGAACUAGUAGCCAUCUCAGACAUCACAGCGCGCCAGGCUGUACGGGAGGAAUUGACCUCGUCGUAGAUGGUGCUUUGCCACCACUCGCCAACAAUCACCGGCACGUGCUUUUUAUUUCUAUUAGGAACGAUAAAUAUCGCGGCAAUUGUUUGUUUCUUAAACCUGAGCCUUACGGCAUCUCAGGAUUCCGGGAUUUUGGCCACCAUACCGAUCGCUAUGUCCGUUCGCUCUCGCGCCGGUUCCGAUUUGGCGGCAACGAUCGUGACGGGAUGCGAAAGGAACGUAUUCCAGAUCGUCAUGUCAAGGCCUUCUCAGAAGCAGUAUCUCAUCUUCCGGAUGGCGAGAGCGCCAUUGCAGAAGUUGGUAGAAAAGGCGCGGGCGAAGGUAUUGCUGGAAUGCAUGCCUAUCUUACCGCAAAGGCCCGUGAUGGAAGUGCCAAGCCUGCUUUGGCAGCAUUGUUGCGUCGACUUGAAGCGGAGUACGAUUUUGUCAGCUUGCGGUUUGGUAAUGAAGUUUGCAUUGAUUUUCCUUUCGAGAUUUCCAGGAUGCUGCCUAGAGCGCCAGGAAUUGGCGGUCCGUCGCCAUCCCUUUUGUGGUUGCAGUCUAAGGAUCAAGAGAUUCUGAUAUCUGUAGUUACUUCAGAGACGCAGAAGUCUACCAUAAGCCUAUAUAAAUAA